AUGAAGAUCACCGCUGCCAUUGUCUCUUCCCUCCUCGCCGCCUCCCCGUUCGGCGACAAGAUCGAGUGCCGCUGGGAUCGCAACCCGAGGGGCAACUGCCCUGAUCGUCUGUGCGAGUAUCCCGGCAGCUACUACAAGAUCGUGAAUUAUAACAAGCCCCGACCUGGCCCCAACGGGGUCAAUGCUGGGCAGACAGUCAUUCUCUAUGGGGGGAUUAAGGAGGAGGAUGGAAAAUUCAGGCCCAGAUCCCGAAGUCACUACCAGAUGUAA